UUCGAUUCCCUCCUUCUUUCCGAAGCUUCUCUGUCUUCCAGAACUUUCCUUCCCGCACAAGCAACUCUCGUCAAUAACCGUUUCAAUCGCUCCAUUCCCCAAUCCUUCCUGCUCUCUCUGAUUGCAUCUCUCUCCGUGAUCACCAGUAUUCAAGAUGUUGAUGUCCAUCUUCAGUUCUUUUGAUGCUCUCUGCGCCGAGUUUUCCUUCGGUCAGAGGUCUCGCUUGUCUAUUGAUGGCGGAAAUCUCAGGCCCAAGCCGGAGCAGAAGCCUUCUUCCACAGUUGAUUCCGCGGAGAAGGAACGGGCGUCUCCGGAUUCGUCCAAGGCGGCGCCUUCAACGCAGCCCGGAGGAACCAAGCAACAAGGGCGGCGAUUCUCGCCGAGGUUUGCGCCGGAGUUAGAUGGGGUCCACUGCUUUGAGUCAAUUAUCCCUUACUGAAUUAGAAUUUCUACGUGAUUCGUGAUGUUAUACAAUACGAUUCAAUUAAUUCGUAUGAAAUUCGUGCCUCUUUCUAACA